GUGCGCGGCGGGCGAUGCGGCUGCCCGGGCGGGAUGCGAUCGGCCGCGCCGAGCCGGGGGAGGCCGCGCUGCUGAGCCGGAGCGGGCGGCGGCCGCUGCUCUAAACUCGCACCAAGUUUGUGUGAUUUUGCUAAAAUGCAUCACCAACAGCGAAUGGCUGCCUUAGGGACGGACAAAGAACUGAGUGAUUUACUGGAUUUCAGUGCGAUGUUUUCACCUCCCGUGAGCAGCGGCAAAAACGGACCAACUUCCCUGGCGAGCGGGCACUUCACCGGCUCAAAUGUAGAAGACAGAAGCAGCUCAGGGUCCUGGGGGAAUGCAGCACACCUGAGUCCAUCCAGGAACUAUGCGGAGGGGACUCACUACGAGCACGUGGCCGGCCGGGAGCUCGGCUCGCACGACAACCUGUCCCCGCCCUUCGUCAACUCCAGGAUACAGAUGCCACCACCCGUCACCAACCCUGACACAACAGCCACACCUCACUGCCACAGCACUGCCACCACCUGA